AUGGUGACCAAGAGCGAGGUUUUAUACGCCCGGUUCCAAAAGAGGGCGGCCGAGCUCUCGGGAGAGUCAACCGAGUCGAGGAAAAAGGCGAAGGUCUCGGCGACCGCAGCGGUCAAGACGGGCGCUCCUCGCCCUGCGCACUCCGAAGCUGGUCGGAGGGAGGGCGCGGGCUCUAGUGGAGCUACGGUGGCGCUCCCGUGCCCGACGCCAAUUUCACAGAUUCCUGGUCGGCAGGAAGCCCCAAUCGCCGACCAGGGAGAAAGUUCAGCGAGUUUGGCGCUCGCGCGCCCUGCUCCAGUUUUGCGGCAGUCAGAUCGGCCGCCUGUCCGACCCCAGUCCUCCAGUUCCGAGCCGGGGAGCAGCCAAGGAGCUGUGGGGCCGGCUCCGCCUGGGCCAGCCGAGGUCGGCCUUCCGGGCUCGUCGGGCUCACGGGAGCGGGUGCCUUACGCUCCCGUCUGGUCGGUCUUCGAGGGCAAUUCGGCCCUUGAUAAUCCCCAAGUAGCGCGCGAAGUAUUCCGGGUCGCGCUGCUCCCGGCCGACCAGACCAAAAUUCGGUCCAUGAACUACGGCGCCUUCAUGGACUCCACUCUUUGCUCUGCCGUCCGGCGGGGGCACGAGGAGGCCGAGGCAAGGUGCCUGGCGUCCGAGGCCGAGCGCCAGGCGCUCCAAGCAAGGGUGGGAGUGGCCGAGGACGAGGUUCAAGCUCUGACCGCCGAGCUCGAAGAGGAGAAGGGCGCGCACACGUUGGCGAGAUCUGAAGUGCGCGCCGUGGAGGCUCGUUUGGCCGAGGCCGAGCUGGCGCUGGCCACCCGCGAGCAAGAGGUGGGGAACGCCCGCCUCAAAACCUUAGAGCUCCAGCGGGAAAUAAAAAACCUCGAGCGGAAAGCCGCGUACCACGAGGCUCGGGAGCAAGAGGCUCGGGAGCAGGCCCAAGACGCGGUUAGGCUCUUCCGCGAGUCGGAGGAGUUCCGUGACCUUCUGGAAGAGGAAGGCGUGAACGGGCUGAUCCAAGGCUUCAAGGACUUCCGCAACCAACUGCGGCGGCUCCUUCCGGACUUUGACCUGAACCUGCUUAAACCGAGAGCAGGGGUCGAAAGGUCGGAGGCGGAGGCAGAAGUUCCGGGGGCCGACCAGGAAGGUCCGGCCGAGGCGGCCGAGGCUGUCCCCGAGGUCACCGAGAUGGCUUCCGAGGCUGUUCCUGGUACUGCCGAGGCUGCCGAGGAAGAGGCCUUGAUCGCGGAGCCGGCCAUUCCUGAAGUCGCCGAGCCCGAGCCUUAG